AGGCUAAAGCUCCACAAUGGAAAGGGACAGUAUGAUAGAGUUUUAUUUUAGGCUCGGAAUGAGCUACAAAGAAAUUCUGAGAAGCCUGGCAUUGCAAGGAACCGUCAUUACCGAGAGACAUUUAAACCGGAUAUUGAGAGCCAGGUUGCUUUACCGGCGAAGGUACGACUUGGACGCCGGGAUAGCUUUCAUUGUUGACCAACUGCAAGGCCCUGGGAAUGAUCACGGUUACCGGUGGAUGUUUACAAAGUGUAAACAACACGGUAUUUCUAUCAAAAAAGAAGACGUCAGGAUCCUCCUCUCUCUACUGGACCCCAUCGGUUCCCAAGUUCGCCAGACCAGACGUCUCAGAAGGAGGCAAUAUUUUGCUCAGGGACCUAACUUUGUGUGGCACAUAGACUCAUAUGACAAACUGAAGCCAUAUGGCAUAUGCAUUAAUGGCUUCAUCGACGGGUUCUCACGCAACAUAAUUUGGCUGCGGGCCGCCCUCACUAACAGCGACCCGAAAGUCAUUGGGGCGUACUUUGUGGAAGCAGUGGAGCGCUGUGGGGGCUGCCCCAGGCUCGUACGAACUGACAUGGGCACUGAGAAUGUGGUGGUCAGAGACCUUCAGCGGUAUUUACGUAGAAAUGACGUGGAUGACAGAGCAGCGGAGAGAAGCUAUAUCACAGGAGCAAGUACCGCGAACCAGAGAAUUGAGAGCUGGUGGGGAGUGAUGAGAAAAGAAGGAAUAGAACCAUGGAUCACGCUUCUGGCAGAGCUGAAGGAUGAGGGAUUCUUCGCUGGAGAUUUCAUUGACAAAGCUCUGUCACAGUUCUGUUUCAUGCCAAUCAUUCAGGAGGUAUUAAAUGACAUCCGGGGUGUUUGGAAUGCUCACCGUAUAAGGCCCUCCAAAAACACCAACGUGCCCAGUGGGAUACCUGAUGUCAUGUACAUGGCCCCUCACCUUUGGGGUGCAGAAGACUGUCUUGUUCCACUGACUGAAGAUUUGACCACAUGUAAAGACAGCUGCACAUUUGUCAGUUCAGUCCCAUGUGAUGUGGACGUGUUUGAUUUGUGCACAAUAAUAAUGGAGGAAUCGAGCUUGGAGUUCCCAUCUACCAUGUCCCAGGCACUUGAUUUGUAUUUUCAUCUGAGGGACACGGUUCGUUCACAGUUAUUUGAGGCUAUUUAAAUGGACACAAGCAUACAAAUCGUGUAGUACAUUUGGUACUUUAGUACAUGUUUUUCCAGUGUAAUAUACAUAUUACUUUGUGUGGUUAUCUUGUGUCUUUGUUUAAACCAAAAUAAUCAGAAGACUGUAUAACUUGCUGUUUUCCGUUUUAGCAAAGUGUCAGUAAAGGAACUCAUCAUUAAGUAUUGAUAGCUAUUGUUAGCUAGAAAAUAAGAAAUGUUUGACUCAAAUAGUUGUACAAGUUAGAGAAAAUUAAUCUUUUUUGGCUAUAGUUAUUAUCCUUCAAUUAAUAUUAAACUUGUAAAACUGUAAAGGCUUCAAAAGUUAUUUAUAACAAAGUUUGGUUGUUACAUGUUUUUGAUGUUUUGCUUUAGGGUAAACUUCAAACAAAAAUAAACUGGAUAUAACACAAAAAAUGUAUCCAUCUCUAAUGAGGACAAUAGCACCCUGGACAGCAACCACACAGACUGGCGAUGAUAUCAUCAAUCUAAUGUUAUUAUCAAUUAGACAAGAGACCAAGUAGGCUACAGUAUAGUGUAUUAUUAUAAUGUUUGUAUCAUCAAUGCCCGGUAUGUUUCCUGAGCCUCUGUUUUUGUUUUUGUGGAAGACAUUAAAACAAUCCAAUGUUUGAUAAAGAAGUUUGUAUUUCAGAACAAAUCACAGCACAUUUAUAACACUAGAGAGUGAGAAAUGUUAAAGUGUAAAGAUGUACAGAAUGUAACCAAGAGGAAAUAAACAUUUUGUACAAACUUGAAUGGUCUACUGGUCUU